UUUCAACUUCAAAACCUCGCCCCUCACACACGCACCACCCCCUACCCCCUACCCAAAAAAAAAUACUCCCCUUAUUACACCAUCCACAGACCAGAAUAGGUAGAGAAAGUUCACACUAAAAGUAGUGAGAAAAAGAAAAUAUGAAUACUCCAUCAAAGAAAACUGGUACUUCUUCUUCAAAUUCAAAAGAUGAAGCAAUAAUUAUAUAUCAGCAACGGAAAAUGCAAUUUCACGGCACCAGAAAAGGGGAUCUCGAAACCAUAGAUUCAUAUAUCAAAAAAUUAAAAUCCGCAGCUGAUUCUCUAACGGCAAUCGGCAAUCCAAUUUCAGAUCCAGAUUUGGUUUUGCAACUUGUAGCUGGUUUGCCUCAUUCUCCAUACUUGCUCCUCAAAAACACGAUUUCGUCUCAGUUACCUCUUCCAAAUUUCUCAGAGGCUUGUUCCAUGCUUUACGAAUACGAGAAAACGACAUCAACUCCUCCUCCUCCACCUCCAUCCAGAGGAGAAAACAGUACUAGUAAUACUGGUAAGAGUACUCUGGAGAUGAUCCAUGAUAUAGCAAAUACUGUGACGAGUGUUGUUCCGAUAGCAAGCGAAAUUUGUAAUGCGAUAAGUAGACGCUGGUCUGUUAGUGGUUCUUCAGGAACACCAACAAGGGCGACUCCAGGUCCAGGAAAUACGAAAAAAGGAUCUACCGGAGGAAGAGGAAGGGGAAACAAUAACAGAGGCAGAGGCAGAGGCGGAGGCGGAGGCAGAGGAGGAUCUUCUACUCGCAAUUCUACUGGGAAAUAGUAUAUUUGCUUGGAGUUGUUUGGAAAAAUUCUAUCUAUACAAACUUGUCUUCUUUUUUUUUCCUAUUUAGUUGUACACUUUAGAAAUGACACGUAUUAAGAUAGCAAUAAUCAGUAUCGUAAAAUUAUAAUAUUAUCCUUGUUAAUUAUGAUUUCAAAAA